UGACCUGGAGGCGGAAACACGUCAUACGAAACGCAUCGGGCUCCAAAUUUGAAAACGUAGCAAGUUUGAACGCAAGUUGCAAUGUUUGCCAAAAUGUACUUGGCUGCAGCCAGGGCACGUGGUACCAACUGACGUCCGAACUAGCCCGGCCGUGGUACCUUUGUGGUAUUUUAGGGUAAGUUGGGGAGCAAACAGGAGGUGAAAAAUGCAGUGUACCCCUGAGCCCAACGUCCACCGAGACAGCUGCACAGGCCAACGGUGUAAUGAGUGUUUUGACAGUGGUUACUCGGGUUUAUUCCACAGUCCACAGAGCAUCGGUGGAUUUGAGUCUUGCAGAUCUUUGGUUUCAGUAGACCUUGGUGACACACCCGAAGAGAAUGUCAGACUUUCUGUCACUCCUCAGGAAAGAAGUAGCAUCAGACCUCGGCACAAAGACGCCAAGGGGAUUCAGCGAUCCUCCACUCUGAGCUGGUGUGAAACUCCCAAAGUUUCCAAGAGCUGUGUCUCACUGCGACAUAGACUUGCUCUGGGCAAUGCUGCUAAACACGUCAAAAGUGACAGCACAAUGUCCCCACGGACCGGAACGACGGAGUCGUCAGUUGGGUCCGACCAUUUGCUCAGUGUGUCCUUUGAUGCUGUAGACAACACGCCACAGGCUUUGGUUUUAAGACCUUUAAAAUUGGCGCAGGAUUUCCCGUUAUGUGGUAGGGAACGUCGUCUGCUCUUCACUCAGGUAAGGACCUCCACUCUUGAGGAUGGUACCCUGAACUUGGGUGACAGCAACAGUUUGGAGAGACGAAUUUCACUCUUGGAUGAUUUCAGUCAACACUUUCAUGCCUCUGAUCAACUUAAUACACAAGCACCGUGUUUAAGCAAAUUCCCGCCGGACUCAACCAAGGAAAACUCUCCAUCCCCAGUCAGCAACCUGACGAGUGACCUUUACGAAACAUCCAAUGUCUUGUGCACGCCGUCAUCCACAUAUACACCAAAAUGUAUCAGGUCUCCGUAUGAAGACAGUGGCUUCAGCUCCCUCGAUAAAUCCCAAGACUCUUCUGUCGACCAUGACGGCUCGUUCCAAGAGUUGCUGCGUUCUACCUCAAAAGGAACCUCCGAAACCCCCAAUCUGAUAGAUGCAAAACGGCGAUCCCGUUUGCAACGACAGCACAGACUUUCCACUCUAAAGGAAGGCGGGUCAUUGUCUGACGAAGACCCAUCGGACAGAAAGCAUCAACAUAUUCAGCGCCACAGCAGCACUUGUAAAGACAAUGAAGUUUUCAUCCGAGAUAGCUCUCGCAGGGUUCUUUCUCUGAAAUGUAGCAACACAACAUCUGAUGGGCUGGCAUCGGCGAAACAAGGUUGUAAAACUCCUCUCAGUGAAACCACAGCCGAACGUGAUGGCACCACACCUUCGAGUAGGACAUCGGUCAAUUCCAAUGUAACCCCCUUCAAGGCAACCAAGCUCUCAUUGACACCUGCUUUACAGCUCAUUCAUAGUUUGUGUGAGCAGAAGGCCCAGAUGUUUGCUGGCCAAAGUCCGAGUCUAAAAGAGGAACUGAGAGCCACGGCAUCUCUUGCUGAGGCAUCAGUCUUGUUCGGGACAAAUAUGCCGUUGGCGGGGCUGAUUGGACGCAAGAUGGGGCUGGGCAAGGUGGACAUAUUAACGGAGCUGAGGAAGAGGAACCUCAGGCACAUCCUGGCUGUCAUAUUCAGCCACCUGUCUGCUGAAUGUGUCCACAGUUGUGGUCUGGUGUCCACAGACUGGAAUGAAAUCAUCCAACAGGACAAGCACGCUCACUUGAAGAGAGAAAUUUACCGCAGUGCAGUAGAAGCUGCUCAAGAGUUUGCUGGCACUGCCCAUGCUGAAACAAGAUUGGCCCUGCUUAAAAGAUCACCCUUCCAAACUGUGCAGGCCCAGUCUCGAAGCUUCACUUACUGCACCCCGCAGUCUGGAAACCGCACUUUAACGCCUUUACAAUACAGUACUUUAUCUUUGGGCAGCAGCAGCAAACGGGACAAGUUCUUGGAGGUUGCCAAAACCCUCUUCAACGACGAAUGCCUCAGACAUUGCCCUCGCUGUCAGCAUCCUGCAAAGUGUCAAGUUGUGAAAGGCGAGGGUGUUUGCACCAGAGCGGAUUGUGCGUUCCAGUUUUGCACAGCAUGCUUGUGUGCUUUCCAUGGGUCCAAAGAAUGUGGACUCCAGUCUGUAGGCCGCCGCAAAAAAGACUCGUUGCUUCCGGGAAGUGCUGAGAGCAAGCGAAACAUUCGAAGACUAUGAACAGACAAGGCAAUAACGUGAAUCCCUCGCCGCUGCACUGAAGUUCUUUUAUAAAUGUAUUUUUACUACUCAUUAGUGAAGGGUAGACUGGAUUAAGCAAAGUCCUAUCUUGCUCAGAGUAUAUGAGCAACUUUUGUGCAAAUGUGAUCUAUUUUUUUUCUCGCUAAUUUUGUAUUUUUAAUCACGAAUCUUCUAAAUUCUUGAAGCACAUACAAUCUGUGAUUGAUGUACUUUUCCAUAUUGGUGAAGUGUGUUUUGAGGCGUCUUAAUUGUUUUCGUACCAUUCUUGUUUUAGAAUAAAUUGCAUUUUAUC